UGUAGACGAUUUGGUUAAUGGAGUUUGCCUCCCAUCAACUGUCUGUUUAGAACGUCGCCAUUGGGUUACGUUUUAUUGUAUAUAGUUUAUUAUGAGUGUAUAAAUCCCGUAAUUGUACAUGUAAACCAUGGAUAUUUUGAAUGUUAGGGAUUAAUAGUUGAUGGACUCUUUUAUAGAAGCACGGAUGGGAUCCAAGGCGAAGCAUCCCAAACGAAAACAAAUACAUAUACCUCAAAAAUGCAUCGACCAGGUAAAUAUGGUUAAAGUGCCGAAAACCGUCAAAAAAUGAUUAAAAAUUACGGUAAUUCUCAAUUAAUGUGUACAUUUAAUAAAAUAUGUUACACAUUGAAAAUCACCAAGUUUUCUUCAAGUGUUAUUCUAAAUGGUGUUGACAGUUAUGUUAGUUAUAUGAGUUUUUGCGCUAUUAAUUGGGGUGCAAUAAGUGUUUUGAUGUGAAACUAUGGUUUCGUCAGUUAAAAGAAGUCCUCAACGGUUCAUAAUGAUUGACAAAUAAACUAUUUCCAUAAGAAUGCUAGGUUAGGUUAAGAUUUGUGCGGAAUAAAUCGUUAUCGUGAUGUUUUCUUUUCGUAAUACAGAUUUAUUAGCAAACAUUAUGUUGGGGUGAGAGAAACCUCGUUCGUGGAGAUGGAUCGGGAAGUUCCGAGUGUUCCCAUCACCACGUUAGCAGGGGUGGCGAGUCUUUCGGAUUUGCUUCCGGAGAUGCCACUACCUACCCCAGUACCUCAAACUAUGAGUAACACCCUACUUUUUCAUCCGAGAGUAGCGGAAGAAGCUCAAAACUUGCUCGGUUUGAGAGAUGACGCUCUUAUACCCCAGUUAGUGCAUUCUUUAGUACAAACAUCGGCAAGUCAUAUAGAUGUGAAAGACCAUUAUGCUCGAUUAGAACAUGGUGUUGAACAGCAGGACGGUAUGCCGGAACUAUUGAAGGGAGUAUUGUGUACAAACCCAGAUGUAUUUAAUGAUAAUGCCACGGUGCAACCUCAACAACAACCUCAAUGCAAUCAUACUGAUGAAAUUUCUGUUGAACCACCUCCUUCCAAUUCGACUAUUCCACCAUCGCAGGAUCAUAGUGUAUUGGAAAGUAAUCCGUCUCCAACAGCUGUAACAGUGCCUACAUCAGUGUCACAAGUUCACCGGCCAUCAGUAAUUACUGAACAGCAAAAGCCUGCGGUGCCAGUCGUUAACUGUCAUAAUAUGAACAUAUCUCAAAAAGAUAGUAAUCAAAAUCCAAUCGGUUUGGAAUCUGAAAAUGUGCAAUAUAAUUCAAACAGUAAUACAAUGGAUUUAUUAAGGCAACAUCACCAACAGACGAGCGGUUCGUCCCCGCCACAAGCAACGGACGCACCCGCUUCAACAGUCGUACCUGCCACCUAUCCUCUUGAAAUUGAUAGUACGAAAGUAGACGCGCCCGCUGAAACACAUCCCGCUUCCCAGGAGCUGGAUCAAAACGGCAGCCUAUUAACUUCAUCUACUACCUUAGUUGAUACUACAGAAAGCUUGUCGACGAAGGGAGAUUCAAUUCCGAUAUUUCAACCGGUAGUAAAAUUAGAACGAUUGUUUGUCGAGGUUGCAGACCCUAAAACAAACCAUACGAAAACAGCUAGGUCGGGAAAAACUCACGAUGGUAAGACGAUAGAGGACGGGUCAGAAUCGGAACUGGAAGAAUCGCCUAAGAAAGUGAAGAAGGAUCGAAAAAAUAAUGUUAACGAAGACGAGGAUUAUGCGCCUGAUAUUUUUUCGACGUUAGCGAGUGGUACGAAGCGAAAAAAGAAUGUUUACAAGGACGACAAGCAAGAGUCGGUUGUUGUUGUUAAACCGAAACUGAGAAGAGUUGAAAAGGAAUUUGUACCUGUAUUAGAAAAGUUGUCAUUCGAGGAAUUAAUGGAGAAGAAUACGUAUCAAAGGUUUAAUAAGACUGUCGAUUUGGUUGUUAAAAGUGCAGGUGAUCACGAUACUCCAGAGAUAGGUGAAGACGGAAUGGUGCAAGAUGAAUAUUUAUUGAGUAGAGUCGUAAUGCAAGCUUUAUCGACGGAAACUGCAAAGUUGAAGACGUUGGGAGCGACCGAAAUGAUUCCGACCGAUAAAUUAUUGCGGGUAUUAAGUAUUAUGGAAUUAAAUAUACGGGGCGGUGACCGUGUGUCACCUAUUUCGGAUGAAGACAAUGAAACGAUACGACAAAUAUGGAUGGAGACUACAAUGGAACGAGUGAUGGGUGCUGCCGAUGCUUGCCUUGUAUCUCUCUACAUAAUGACAUCACCUAAUAUGCCAAAACGUAUAUAUUUAGAAGAUGUUAUUGACAGGGUGGUACUCUUCAUAAAGUAUCAGCUUCAUAAUACCAUUUUUCCCUCAUUCGAUUGUACUUACAGAUUAGAUAACAAAAAGAAAGAUGGAAGGAGGAAAAAAUCUGCACAAAUAUCAGAAAGAAGCAUCGUAGUGUUGUACAAUAAAAUAACCGAAAUGGUAAAUUUAUUAGCGGAACUUCUUAGCAUACAAGUUUUAACGGAUACGUCUGUUCUGCACGCAUCUUCCAUGGGCGUUUCCCCAUUUUUUGUUGAAAACGUUAGUGAACUGCAGUUGGCAUGCUUAAAACUUGUAACCACGAUCUUCACCCGCUACGAGAAUCACAGAAGAUUGUUAUUAGACGACAUCUUGGCUUCGAUAGCGCGUCUUCCAAGUACCAAACGAAGUUUACGUACUUAUAGGCUGAAUAGCGAAGAACACAUUCAAAUGUUAACGGCGUUAGUGUUGCAGUUAAUCCAAUGUAUUGUAGCUCUUCCUGAGAAUUUGGCGAACGAGAAGAAUACAGAGAAUAGCGACGUUAGAAAGGUGGACAAAGACGUACUAAUUUGUAAUAAAUACGAGAAGGCUACGUCAACUGCCGGAACAUUUUUAGCUGUGUUUUUAAGUAAAUGUGGGAGUAAGAAUGAGGACAUUGACUAUCGACCGUUAUUUGAAAAUUUCGUGCAAGACUUGCUGUCCACUGUAAAUAAACCGGAAUGGCCUGCCACGGAGUUACUGUUAACUUUGUUAGGGAAAAUGCUAGUGAAAAAUUUUUCAAAUAAAGGCACAGAUAUGUCACUUCGAGUGGCCAGCUUAGACUAUUUAGGUGUUGUUGCGGCACGUUUGAGAAGGGACGGUAUAUUGUCUCAGGGGAAAAGGAGUACCAUUGAUCAAAUGGUGAAGGAUAUUAAAUCCGAAGAACGAAAGGACAGCGACGAAGAUUCUUUGACAAAAAAGAAGCGCGUAGAAAUCGAAUCGGAAGAAGAACGAAUUCAAUUUUUACAACGCGUGUUGUUGGAUUUUUUAGCAGUUGAUGCACAAAAUAAUGAGGCCUUAAGACAUGCGCGACACUUUUACAUUGCUCAAUGGUACAAAGAUGCGACAAAUCAGAAAUCAUUUCUAGCCGGUAGUGAUAGAAAUAAAAGAAGCAAUACUAAGGAUAAUCAUCGAAAGCAUAAAGUCCAUAGCGAAAGUAUGGACGAAUCUGAGACUGAGGAACAGGUGGAAAGGCUAAAAGAUGCGUCUACCGAUCAAGAAAAUGCGGAAAAGUACAGAAUUAUUGAGGCGAGGAAAAAAUUUUUGAUAAGCAGGAUUCGACCAUUUCGUGAAACGAUCUCGGCCGGAAAUCGUGUGCAAGUGUUCCAAACUUAUAUUGACUAUAAUAGUGCCGAACUUAUUGCGCAAUAUUUGGCUUCCAAAAGAAAUUUUUCUUUGAGUUUCGAUCAAUACUUGAAAGCGAUCCUUAUUGUACUGAAGGAGACGUCGAUAGCAAUCCGUACAAAGGCACUGAAAUGUCUCACGACGAUUGUAGAAAUUGAUCCCUCAGUAUUAGGGAGGCACGACAUGCAAAUGGGUGUAAACCAUAGCUUUCUUGAUCACGCAACUUCGGUUCGAGAGGCGGCAGUGGACUUAGUAGGAAAAUUUGUUCUUAGUAGACCGGAGUUGAUCAGCAAAUAUUACGAAAUGCUAUCCGCCAGAAUAUUAGAUACGGGAGUUAGUGUGCGAAAAAGGGUAAUAAAGAUAUUAAAGGAUAUUUGUAUCGAGUGUCCGGAUUUUCCUAAAAUUCCGGAAAUAUGUGUGAAAAUGAUCAGAAGGGUCAAUGAUGAAGAAGGGAUUAGGAAAUUGGUGAUGGAGGUCUUUCAAAAUAUGUGGUUUACACCCACCAAAGACACGUCUUUGCUAAGAAAGGUUAUGAAUAUCACUGACGUUGUCGCUUCGUCUAAGGAAAUCGGCUUAGAAUGGUUCGAGCAACUUUUGCUUAGUUUAUUCAAGCCAAAGGAAGAUAAGGAUGAUUCAACAAAGAUUCAAACGGAACCUCCGAAAGCUUUACUCCUCGCUUGUAGGCAAAUUGUCGAUUGUCUUAUAGAAAAUGUACUAAGGCUAGAAGAAUCGGACUCCGAUACGUCCGGUGCCUCUCAGCGAUUAGUCGCCUGUUUAACUACUCUUUACCUAUUUGCUAAGAUUAGACCUCAGUUAUUAGUAAGGCACGCUAGUACUUUACAACCUUAUCUAAGCUUAAAGUGCGAAUCCAACGGAGACAUACAGAUUAUUAGUAGCGUCGCAAGAAUGUUGGAAUUAGUCGUACCUUUAAUCGAACAUCCCAGUGAAACGUUUCUAGCGCAGUUGGAAGAAGACUCGAUGAAGCUAAUCCUUCAACACGAUCGACCUAUUGUCGCGAGCUGUUUGUCAUGCCUGGGAUCUGUCGUUAACAAUGUUACUAGAAAUUUUAAGCUUAUACGGGAUUGUUUUAAAAAAUAUUACGACUACUUAGCGAAAAUUAAAGUGUGGCUGUCCACCGAAACUGGCGCUGUCGCUUUAGCAAAUAUUAAAUGGAGGCAGUAUUUUAGGAGGGCGCUCUUCAUAGUGGGAUUAUUAUUGAGGCACUUCAAUUUUAAUGAUCCCGAAGUUGUGGGCGAGUUACCGAACAAUAUCAAAGAUUUAGUAUUCGAGUUGUUCUCAUUUUUUCUUCAACAAGAUGAUCAAGACAUUCAAGCGAAUACGUUAAAGGCAAUCGGUUCUAUUUGCAUUCGACAUUACGAAUUUAUGUUGGAAACCGAUUUAAAAUCUUUCUACCAUCGUAUGUUAACAUCGGACGAUGCUCCCUUAACGAUGAAAUCUGAAGUUUUGAUUAACAUCGAAAUGUAUUUGUUGGAGGAAGAAAGGCGCAUGAUUCAGCAGGACUUGGAGUGGGCGAAACGAUCGAAAGAAGAAAAUUUGAAAGAAAUGGGAGAUAUAUCUUCGGGCAUGGCUAGCGCAGUUAUUCAGCAUUAUUUAAAAGAAAUUUUACAGUCGUAUCUACAUCCGAAUAUUCAAGUACGACAGCCUGCGUUGAGAGUGAUACAGUUAAUUUUGCAACAAGGACUAGUGCAUCCCGUUCAGAUUGUCCCUUAUCUUAUUUGCAUGAGUACGGAUUGUGAAAAAAUUGUUUCGCACAGCGCCGAUAAGCAAUUGCUCGACUUGGAGAAAAAAUAUCCGGGUUUUAUUCACACAAAAUCCUCUUUAGGAAUCCGUUUAUCCUAUCAAUUGCAAAGGAUUCUGCAAGAGACAUCUGUUAUAGUUAGGGGCUUUCGGAUAAAGGUGCAAGGUGAAUAUCCUACUGCAUUAAAUGGAUAUUUAUAUUCAAUACUUAGAAAUUCUCGACAACAGAGACGUGCCUUAGUCUUAAAUAUUUUAAAGCAAUUUGAUGAACAAGUGCAUACUAGCUUAUCGUAUAUGUUAUAUCUAGCCGAUAAUCUCGCGUAUUUUCCAUACAUGGUACAAGAUGAACCACUAUUUAUAAUACAUCACAUCGAUAUAAUGAUCUCAUUUUCUGGAACAAAUCUGUUACAAUCGUUUAGGGAGGGGUUGAUAAUGACAGAUGCUCAACAACAAGCUUUGCAUUCAUCUCAAGAUGGUAUUGCUGUUAACCAAGUUUCUGCACUUGACGAAGAUGACGACGAUGAGGAGUUGCUAGUUACUCGUGUACCUGAAGAUACAUCACAUUUGCAAUCAUGUUUAACCGCUGCUCAAGGAUGUUUGUUACUUUUAAUGUUAAAACAACAUCUUAAAGAUUUGUACGGCGUCAGCGAUAGCAAAAUACAGCAAUAUUCACCUUCGGAGCCGGCGAAAGUUUACGAAAAAGCGGCGAGUCGACGAAGUAAUGCUCAUUUUAAUCCCAAGGGUAUCGUUAACAAACUGAAAGAAGGUUCUCCAUCCGAAUAUCUAAAUGAUGAAGGGCGAAAGGAUCUAAUCAAUCAGUAUUUAGAUUUUAAACAAUUAAUGUUGAAACUAGAUCCGGAUGAUCCAGAUGAUGAAGAAAACGCUAAAGUUCUAGCUGCGUUAGGCAAUACAACGGCAAACUCAAAUGCAAUUGCGGUUGUUGGUUCGCAGGCGGGAAUGAAUUCGGUUACUACGGUCUCAGGCGUUGGUGGUGAUGGGGGUGGUCCGACGUUAACUGAGGAUGAUCGACUCGCCCUCACUUCGUAUAAAGAUCAUUCAACACCAAAAGUGCCCAAACUCGUUAUUUCAAAUCGGCGCCUCGACAGUGACAGACGGACACCACGAACUAAUCGUACUACCGAAAAGACUAAAAAACAUAGACAAAAAAAGAAAAGACGAAAGUUCACUAAUUCGUCGGGUGAUGACAGUGAAAAUGAUUAUAGUGAUCCGGACUUUAUGGCCUAGCCAUUCUGUAUAAUGGUGUGUACAGUAAGAUUUAGCGUACUAUUAAUUAAUAACGGCGGUAAAUAAAUUUUAUUAAGAAUUUCUAUAAAUUAUAAACAAAUUUUCUAUAAAUUUAAAAUAAGAUUUGUACCAUUUGAAAAUUCGUUCCUUCUAGGCUAUCCGAUAUAAGUUAUUGUAAAUAGGAUUGUAUUGUAUCGGGUACUCUCGCCAAACGAAUUUUGUUUCAAAGGUGUCUGAUCUGCCACUUAAAAAACAUACACGCGAAAUCAGAUUGUUUAGGUAAACUAUGAUUAUUGAUGCGCGUUCGCUUUGUAGAAUCUUUCAUUGCGCUGUUGUGACUGUCAUUUUUUUUGUAGAUCUGAUUUGUAUUUUCUAUUCACUAUCGGCUUUUGUUUAGGUUAAGUUAUUCGUAUCAUCAGUAAAAGUGUUAACACGAAGGACCUUACUUAUAUUUGUUUUUAGUGAAGGCUGCUUGUUUCUUUUAUUGUCCAAAAUCAUCCAAAUGAAACAGAGGUGCCUUUUACACAGGGAGGAUUAUGAUAUCCUUUUACAUUACGUGAAUGGUGCGAUGUCUUUAUUGAUAAUGCGAAUUUCUUAUGUUACUCGUAUGUUAAUUUUAGUUUCAGUUCAAACCACGGUGUAAAAUAAGAGAGGUACAGGUUGAUGCAAUGUAGAGCGGGGCGUUUUCACUACGUUUUAUAAAAAUCAUGAUUACACACACAUAUGUCAAAAUGCAGAGAUAAAUUGAAGAGGACUAAAUUUCUUCAACCGUUCCAGAAUAGUACGUAUUUAUAUAUGCGUAGGUUUUCCGCAAAAACUUUGAAUACGUGGUGCACACGUGUUUUUGAUUGAUUCAUUUAUGCUUUCAUGUUUCUUUUGAGCCGGUCACUGUAAGAAUGGCACUAGACAUAAAAAUAUUAUGGGCCUCGCAGGGUUUAAUUUAUCUUCUAUAAAUUUCUUUAUAUGCUAUUUCAAUAAAUGCUCACGGUCAUAGAGAAAACUCUAAGCGGACUCUUACAUUGCAUCGACCGCAAUUUAACAAGCACCUCUCUUCAUUUUAAACUUCACAUUAAAGAUGACCAUAUCGUUAAUAAUUAAUCAUUAUAGAUUAAAUAAUCUUUAAGUAGUUAUCGUGUACAAUGAUUUUUCAAAUUAAGGCAUUUAAUUCCACCUGUGAUCACAAUUUUGGGUUUUGAUCAGUCUUUAUAUCAUCCACUGUGAUAAAUACUUGAAGCGAAUUUUAUGGUUUUUUUGAAAUUAUUUUAGCUACUCUUAGUUUUAUGUUAGUUUGUUGUAAAUUUUGUUAUUUUUAAAUUUGGGGCUCCCAUCGCAGUAAGUCCGGCUCGGUAAUAUUAUUCCCAUAUUUAUUGUCGCUUGAUUUUUAUUUUUGCAUGUCCUCCAGUGAUAGUUGUUUGUCAUGUGUUGUGAUUAUUGAUUUUGUUCUUUGGAAAUAUAACAAUUUUUACAAAAUGAUAAAAAUAAGGGAAGAGUUUUUUUCAAUACUUGGAAUGCUUUUAUAGGUAACUAGGGCACCAGAAAUGGUAAAAUUAUUUCCGUCCAUCUGCUGGAGAUGUAAUUUUUCAGAAAUGAAUUUAUUAAUCUGCAGUAAAUAUACUUUUCAAUAUGUACCUUGCUAACUGCUAAAAGACCGAAAAUUAUCACUAAUUACAUUCUUUGCAUGUGUUGUUAAACCAUUUAUUUACUAUUAUUGUUUGUCGCUAUUUUAAAGUGAAGCACUUAGGAUGCCUAAGCAGUCUGCAAGUCAAAGAUGUACAUUUUUGAGGUGGUUAAAAGGACACCAAGAAGGAAAAGAAAGGCGGGUGUUCGUUGAAAGUUGUAUUGUAAAUAAAAUAAGAGUUCAUAGUUAAGUUCAUUGUACAGUGUAUUUAUAAAUUUUUGUUUGUAAAAAAGUAAUGAACACUCGCUUUGGUCUUUUAAUCUGCACAGAAAAAAUAUUUGUGAAUAAUAUAAAAUACAUAGAAAUAGCAGCUUUUGUACUUUAGAUGGUAAUUAGAGUAAUUUUUAGUUGGUUUUUAUAAACAAAAUAGCACUGUAAAACUAUUUAUUAUUAUUCAUACUUUAAAUAGCCCUUCAUACUUGUACAAUUGUUAUUUUUAUAGUACUGAAAUAUAAAGUUUUUUUGUACCUUA